GGGCAGCCUCCUCCCCCCUGGGUGGGGGUCCUCGGUCCGAGGGUGACUUUGUCGCGGGCGGGAAAAUGGCGGCGAGGAUCCAACGGCUCGUGAAGGACGCCCCGCGGCUGGCGGCAGCUGCUGUAAAUUACACUAAACCCCGUCUCACGACCUUCUGGAGUUAUGCUCGGGUAGAGUUGGUUCCACCAACCCCGAAAGAGAUCCCAUUGGCUAUUGACAGUGCAAAGGGCCUGCUGACAGCCUACAAGUCAGGGCGGCUUGGACAGCUGACCGUCAAGGAAGCACUGAGGAACUCCCUGGUUGCUGCUGAAGUCCUGAUGUGGUUUUACAUCGGUGAGGUCAUUGGCAAGGGGAGCCUGGUUGGGUACAAUGUAUAAACUAUAAGAUGUUCUGUGUCAACGCAACAAAGUCCAUGUCUGGAUAUUAAUGUAUUUACCUUGUUAGAAAUUAAAUAAACUCACUUCUGAGGAUUGUAAAACUUACUGUCUUCUGUUUAAAACCACGAGCUGAGCUCGUUUGUUGACUGACCAUUUAUUGCUCACUUGUUUCUCAGUCCAUUUGCAAUAAAUUAAACACUUUAAUCUGGUUCUGGGACCCAAUUGUAUUGGAGCUAAACAUUAACUGUGUACAAUUAAGUCUCUGCUCUCUGUUAUCACUGAGUGGCUGAAAUGGAAGGUGACCAAAAGCGUGGUUGAAGAGGUGGGCAAUGUUUUAGUGUUAUCAAAGCGGAAAGAGAAGGUGUGAGGCAGAGGGAUAUGCUUAUCAAUAAAUCAUUACUUUUCCAGGUU